AUGAUGAGGAGUAAUGAUGUUGCGGCCCGCAAGUGCGCCAAGUGCCAUCGCGUCUUUUCUAAAGUCGAGCACUUGAGACGACAUCAUCGAUCACUUCGCAGUGAUGUUCUCAAUCGGCAUAUCCGGAAUCAUCAUUUAGCACCACCACAGGAUGGGGAUAGCGCAGUUGUCCCGCAAAGCAGGCCUGCGACGGAUGAGUUGGAGGAGAUCAGACCUCCGCUGGAUGCCAAUUAUUCUGAAGAGGCAGAUACUGGAAGCGGAAAUCUUCCCUCCGACAGGCCUUCCUCGUCACCGCGCAACACACCACCUGGAUGUCCGACUCCACAGGAUAUUAUUAUUCAUGACUCACUCAACGAUAAUUGGAACGAGAGACAUAUUGAUGACGACAUACUGGGGCUACAGCCCCCGUGUACCGAGGGGCUUCCCGAGUUCCUUGGAGAUAUCCGCACCGCGGGAGUAACAGACGACCAGCGUCGGCCGCAACUCGCCCCUAUUUCAAGUCCCCGGCGAGAUUUUAUUCCAUUUGAUCCAUAUAUGGAUCCGUCUCUGGGAAUAGCACAGCCACCUAUCACCCGUGACACGUUCGAUACCAUACCUCCUGGUAUGGACUUUGGCUCUGUUCUGUGGGAUGACUUGCUUUUGACACCACCAGCUUCUGGAUAUCGGGGGCUCCAUCGCCACCAAAAAGAUAAUAUUUCAAAUGAGCAGUUUGAGCAGGUGCGACGGCUCUGGCCCACAAGGCGUCGGAGAGUUACACCCUCCCCGUCUCCCAUGUGCUGGGAUGACAUUCUUCUACAUCCCGAAGAUAAUAUCUUCUCUUCCACUGAAUUGAAAUCCAUGGCAAGACUUAAGCCAUCACCAGCGACCGGGUCACCCUGGGGACUUACCGAGGCUUGCCGGCACCGUUUAGCUCAAAGUAUAACCACCUAUGCCCCUCACAGUCCGGAUCAAACAAUAGAUCUCGACCGUGAUGGGCCAUGGGACGGGGAACCGCCCCCUACUGAUAUUCUAGACCUAUGUCUGGAUCUUUACUUUAGUCAAUUCCAUGUACAUUUACCUUUUGUUCACCCGGGAACAUUCAAGGCCUGUGAUACUCCCAGUAUCCUGUUGUUUCCCAUGUGCCUCGUGGGUAUGAUGAUCCUUAACAGAAGCGCAGCUCGCAAUUUGAUUGCCAAGUAUCUGCCAGUGGCUAAAGAUAGGGGACUUUUCGGCUCGCACGGUUAUAGCCAUUCUAUCAUACAAGCCGUGGGAGACGAUGCUAUCAUGUGGAAAGCGUGGGCUCGGAUCCAAUCCGCUCAACGUCUUACGGCUUGUUUGAUUUUAGCUGAUGUGUACUCGGCACACAUGCUGAACCUUGCGCCUAUCCUUUCACCUGAGAAUAUCCAAAUGCCACUUACAUGCUGCGAUGCCCUGUUCACAGUAUAUUCUUCACAGAAGUGGAAAGAACUCGCUGCGAUCGAGGACCCGUGGAGGCAGCCGCUCUCUGUGGUGCUUGAUAUACAUAAUCUUCCAUCAGGGCUCUCUGGACUGGGACUUCAAACAGCUCUUACGUUGAUCUGGCUCCGUAUUCUCAAACCUCGCCGCCAAGUUCAAGGACGCGCGGCCCAUGUGCUUGAGCCCUGGACGCCCAACGGUACCUUAUCGUGUGAAAACACGGAGGACAGCAAUGCGGCAUCUGUUGGAUCUUGUCUGGCUUCGGCCUUUGAUGUUUAUGCGUGGGAAUUCAAACGUGGAAAUGCGAACUUGCUGAUCCUAUGGCAUUAUUUGUGCCUUCGCCUAACAAGUGACCUUGCUGUUAUCGAGGAUGCGGCUGGUCGGAAUGGUCCUGAAGCUGCAAAGGCAGCCCUUGAACGACUGAGACCAUGGGCCGAAUCCCCUAGUGCCCGUCGUGCUUGCCUACAUGCGGCUCAAAUGUUCAUGGUGAUCAAUAAUCAUCGUCGGUCAGAUGGAGUGAUGCUUCAUUCCGAAAUGGCGUUAUUUAAUGCAGCACUCGUCAUGGGGUUUUAUCUUUUCACUGCCCCCAACUUCAAAUCGAGCGACGGCGCGUGCUAUGACGUGUUUGAAGAAGUGGACUGGACCCAUAUUGGGACAUUGGGUUUGGAGUCGCAGUCUCUGGACGGAGGUGUUUCCUCCCCGGUCUCGGCAGCCGCUGCGUUCAUUCAGAAUGGCGGUCCAGUCUGCUUCCACGGCGCAGAAUACUGCAGUCCAUACGGUGCCGCUCGGAGGUCUUUUAUGAAUGUUGCUUCCCAACUAGAAGAGGUGGGUAAAUGGAAUGUCCAGGAGUAUUGCGACGUACUGCAUGUAAUUAGUGAUACUCUCUUAAAACCUGACGGCCAGAAUAUCGCAUUAUGA